CGAAACCACGCGGAUCCGCGCGGCAGACGUUUCUGAAAUGUUGGCUCAGGCUCGGCGUGAAUCUUACUUCCUGCUGAUGCACCUGUUUCUGAUCCACGCUCCUGUGCCCACAAUGGUUGAUCAGCGUCCGGAAAAUCAACGUGGCGGUCUCCUUGAAACACCAACGGAGAACCACUCGGGGAGGAGGCGGUUCGCAGCCUCGGGCCCUAUUAAAUCAGAGCGUAUUGAUCUGUGUAUUCAUUGGUCGGCGGGGGGCUUCGCUGGCCCUCUACGUGAGCAGGUUUUUAAUUUAGUGUCUGGGAACUCUCUCUACGAAGGGCGGUGUCUGCUGGUUGAUCGUCGGCAGCCGCAAGCACCAUGCCUGAGCAGAGCAACGAUUACCGCGUGGCCGUGUUCGGGGCAGGUGGUGUUGGCAAGAGCUCGCUGGUGUUGAGGUUUGUGAAGGGAACGUUCCGGGAGAGCUACAUCCCCACGGUGGAAGACACCUACCGGCAGGUGAUCAGCUGCGACAAGAGCAUCUGCACGCUGCAGAUCACCGACACCACCGGGAGCCACCAGUUCCCGGCCAUGCAGCGGCUGUCCAUCUCCAAGGGGCACGCCUUCAUCCUGGUCUACUCCAUCACCAGCCGGCAGUCCCUGGAGGAGCUCAAGCCCAUCUACGAACAGAUCUGUGAGAUCAAGGGGGACGUGGAGAGCAUCCCCAUCAUGCUGGUGGGCAACAAGUGCGACGAGAGCCCCAGCCGCGAGGUGCAGAGCAGUGAGGCCGAGGCCCUGGCCCGCACGUGGAAGUGCGCCUUCAUGGAGACCUCGGCCAAGCUCAACCACAACGUGAAGGAGCUCUUCCAGGAGCUGCUGAACCUGGAGAAGCGCAGGACCGUGAGCCUGCAGAUAGAUGGCAAGAAGAGCAAGCAGCAGAAGCGGAAAGAGAAGCUCAAGGGCAAGUGCGUGGUCAUGUGAGGGCCCUUCCCCGGCCUCCCUCCCAUCCCCCAUGUGAAACCCACCGUUGUCAGGGUAGCAUGUACGACGCCCGCGUGUUAAACAUUGCAUUGGACCGAGCCAGGCCCUGGCAUCCUUCAGAGGGCAUGCCACACCGCCAACAAAAAGCCACCCCUCUCUGAGUCCCAGAACCCGCCAGGCAGUUAAAAGCCAACACCUGCAGCCUCCCAGGGAACUCGGGACAGUGCAUUCCCCAGAGGGAGGUGGGAGGACCUGUCCCCAUGAUGGCAGCGUGUGCGGAGAGGACUGAACGCCACCCAGUGCAUGGGAGAGUGCGUGAGCCCGGAGCCGCAACCCCGAGCCAGGCAUUUAUCUCUGCUCAGAAGCCGGUAACGUCUUUGGGGGAGGGACAUGGGUAUGGGCGGAGGCGAGAGCAUGAGUCCAUCCAAAGCGGACCACACUGGGUCCCUUUCAUGCUUUUAUUUUACCAAUUUGUUUUAAAUUGGGUUCAACAUAAAACAACACAGCCUCCCUCAAAGGAGGGUCUCCACUCGCUGCCCCAGAUCUGCCAGGGACCUUGUUACUACCCUUCCCCUCUUCCCCCCUCCAAAGAUGCAUUCCCCUGGUGUAGACCUAGCUAGCAAGCAUCUCUCUCACCUCUGCCAGUGUUUCUUUUUCACAUCCAAUGGUGAGUUCCCUAACUGCGUGCUGUCCUUUCGGAAUGCUUCGGUUCUGGAGUACAGGGUUGUAAACAGCAUUAAAGCGUCACCUACUGCUUGCUCCUGGGGUUUCCCUGUGACAGUUUGAGGAAGGUGAAGCUUCUUCCCUUUGGUCCCCAAGGGUUGUGACUCCUUCAGCCUUCAGGUUUUAAAUAAAAGCAAAUAAAGCGGCUGUUUUUAGGCAUUUUGUUAACCCUCCAAGAUGGCUUUAUUCUCUUAAAUAAUUUGAUCUGUACCCAGCCAGGCAACAGCCAGCAAAGGCCAUCUGACGACCAAAAGCUCAUCUGUUUUUCUAAGUGACACGCACACGUGGAUGCCACACUUUGCACCUUAACAGAGGACAUUGAAGCAGGAGUUGCUCACGGUGUCGUUGCUGAUCUGUCUGUAUCAGAAGUAUGUUCCUGGAAAAUGCACUUGUGUACCAGUAAAUUCUCUUGCAUGUUCCGUUACACACGUCUUGUAAGAGCUCUGCGAGACAGCACUCACUCUAGAAACAAUUAUCUUCCCCUCCUAAUGACUGUGUGUGCAUCCUUAAUCCUCUUUAAACCAAAUGACAGCCACUGUGGUUCCUGUGCCAGGCGGGGGAGAGGACAGUGGCUGGAGACCAGCAGGCUGCUCUGCCCCGGGAAGAGUCCAGGCACAUCCUCUGCUCUCCCUACGUAGCAUCUGUUUGGUCUCUGCAUCCUAAGAAUUCCCAGACUGGCUGACUGUGGGGUCAUCCUCUCCUCUCAGUCCUUGUCACCUGCCGGGCGGAGGGAGCUGCCGUAGCACUUGGGCUUGCUUGCACAGGGGGCCUCCUGGCUGCUGGGCGGCAGUGCUAGCCCUGGACAGAGCUCCCCGGUUGGAGAUGUUGCACAUGGCGGUGUCUAUACUUGCUGUGUUUUCCCCCGCCCCCGCUGACGUGGGCGCCACCAUCCUCCAGAGCGCCAGCUAGCUCCCUUUGUAGCCCCGUCUGGUCUCAUCCUCUCGGCUCCACCAGAAACUUGACCUGCCGAGCACCACCUUGGGCUCCUAGGUCAAAUCCUCACUGAUCUAACCAGAGCAGAGGGAGUGUUCACGCUGAGCGGGGACAAGUCAGGACAGGAGUGGCCCGGGAGCUCGUGGGGAGCUCAGGGCACUGGGACCAGUCCUCAGGUCCCUGAUGCAGGCUCCACAACAUUUGCAAUGAGAUCUGGUCGGGGCAUUUUCUGGAUCCUUGGUUUUUCAACUUGUAUCUAUAUUUUUCCCCCCAUUUCUGUUCUCAGAGAGGUUAUCGGUUUGUCAUUUGUUUAUGGGUGAAGUCUAACAGGCAGUGGAAUUUCAUGGCCAACAUGGGAUGGCUAGGUUUUUGCCUGGGUUUUUCUGCUAACAGUAAAAUGGGAUCUUUGCCACUGACCAUGAUGCUAAUAAGGCUUUUCUUCCGAGAGCUUCCUGCAGACGGCUCCAUCCCUACAGAUCACAAGUCCCCAUGCCUUUUAGCCCUUUCCAGACAGUGUGUAUUUAUAAGCGUCUGGGCGCUCCUCCACGAGAGGUUUGCGGGACUAAAAAUCUGUUCUCGUUCAGGAUCCGUUGUGUUCCUUUGUGUCUUGCCUGUGAGGUUUGGCUCAGAUGGCAUGUGAGCCUCCGUGUGGAUCUUCAUUCUGAGAUCAUUUUCAAUGAGCUGAAGACAUUGGUGGUUUUCUCAAAUUUGUCUUUUAGGAGUUCUACGUGGACUCAGGGCUUGGCAAGGCAGUACCACUGCAUCAGAUUUUACUUUUAAUUUAUUUUUUAUUUGUUAGCAUUUGUGUGGUCCCGACCCCACCUAUGGAGUGGCGGUUCUUAGGAACCCAUCUGACAUUGCCUAUGGGUGCGGCAGGUUCUGACCCAGCCAUAGUAAGUUACAGAACUCAAAAUGGGAGUUUGAGGCUGGCUCGCUCUCUCUGGGGAGAAGCACGGGGCUCCCUGAGUUCCCUGUGUCCCCGCUGGUCCCCUCCAUCCAGCGACAAGCCAUGGGCAUGCAGACCAUGCAUCAAGAACAACAAGAGCAAUAUUGAAUUGUUCAUUAUAUCUAGAACUAUAUACAGAGUCUAUACUUUUCCUGCAUUUUUGAAGUCUAAAGCAGUAAACUGUACAUAGCUGUACGCAAGUAUAUUUGUUUCACUGUUUGUAAUAUUUACGAAAUGCUCAUUCUUUGUAGAACAAGAAACGUAUUCAAUAUUUUAAAAAAACUGCUCUGUAAUACUUCGUUUUUUUCCUUCCAAAAUUUGUAAUGUGUUGCUCCUACAUAAGCUCUCCCUGGAAAUAUCCAUAACUCACGGGACACUUGAAUACCUUCGAAGACACGUCCUGGAACUCAGAACCCAUAAAGCCAACAUGUAGAGAAAGUAUUUACAGAGCAUGACUUUUAUACGUGUGGGAUAUCAAUGUGUAUAUUUAUAUUCAAAGUGUAUUUAUUGUUACAGUUCCAUUCUCUACUCUGUUUUAUUUACUCCACGGUUAUAAAAUCACCCUUGCGUAACGUUUCUAGUUGCCAGUGAUGUUCUGAAAAUGAUGGGACAUACUCCAAUAAAGCUUCGGUUAUGACACCCUG